AUGUAUUUUGCUACAUUAAAUAUCUCGUCUAACGACAACAAUGAUCAAAACAUUCAAUUUUUUGAUUUUAAUCAAUUUUUUGAUCAUUUAAAUCAGUGUUUACUCCAACCGUUUCUCUUCGACAACACAUUGUUUGUUCAAAAUUUCAUUACAAGACAUUCUUGCUAUGCCGAUCAACAUGGAAAACCUUUGCGAAAUAUCGCAUUAUUACAACCUGAAACGGAUCUCAUCAAAAUCAGUGAAUAUUUGUAUCCGAGAUUUCUUCUCGGCACAAAACUACAUACAACAAUUCGACGAAAACUACAACAAAUUCAAAAACGGCAUGAACAAGAAGAAGAUUUAUUAGUCAAUGAACUCAGCGAUGAUGAAAGUAGAAAAAUACUAGAUGAAGUAGAACUAAGUGAGAAAAAUUAUAUUUUACAACAGAUACGGAAUGGAUUAUGUUCAGAAUCAGAUUUAAAACAUUUGAUGAUAGUCAAUGAUGUGUUUGAUUUGAAUGAAAUAUUAAUUUUUGCUCAACAACAAAAAAAAGUUAUCUGUCCCUAUUAUCCAGCACCCGAUUUCUUUGAUUAUUGUCAAAAAUUUCAUCUUAAAGGCCUAUCCACAUAA